AUUCAAUUCAAGGAAUUCAAUAUGACGGCUGCCUUGCCCUGGGUGGUGCUUGCGCUGGCAUGCGCGGCCUCAGCGACUCCAUCUCAGACGUCGAACAAGCAUGGUUCUGUGUGGCCGGAAGCAAUUAAUGAUCUUGUUUAUGGGCCUUCGUGGCCGAACUUUGUAAAUAAGACGCAGCGUUGGUCUACCUACGACGCGCCUACUUUCGACCUCGUUUUCCUCCCAGAAACGGAGGAAGAGCUGUCGCAGGGUCUUCAAUUUAUGUCGAAGAAUCAAAUUCCCUGGCUGGUGGCCAAAGCAGGCGGACAUGGCUACUCGGCGACCCUGGAGAUCGUCCAAGAUGCAGUUAUGAUCAACAUGGAGAAGUUCAACUACGCCAAGCUGAACACUGACAACGGUCUGACAGUAGGCGGCGGGGCGAGCUUCCGGGACUUAACAGCUGCUGCGGCCGCUGGGGGCAGAGAACUGACAAUUGGAUCGUGUCCCUGCGUCGGGGCCACCGGAGCCAUGCUUGGGGGUGGCGUUGGUCGACUACAGGGUUUGCACGGCCUGACAAGUGAUGCUGUGCGUGAUGUUCGUCUGGCCCUUUGGAAUGGCACCAUCAUCGAUGUCAGUGCGGACUCUCACCCGGAUCUGUUUUGGGGCAUGCGUGGUGCGGGCCAGAACUUCGGCAUUGUGAUUGAGACCACGUUCGAGACCUGGCCUGCGACAAAUGGCGGCCUACAGUACGAUGCCUUCAUGACGUUUAGUGCAGAUUCAGUGGAACCGGUCAUCGAGGCCAUGAACUCGCUGUUUCCCGUGAACCCCAACCUGGCCUUGGUUAUUCUGUUUGCAAUCAAUGCGGAGACUCUGGAGCCCUUCAUCGCAAUCGACCUGGUAUAUUCUGGCCCCGCAGAGGAAGGUCAAAAGUACACUCAGCAGUUUGCCAACUAUAGCAUGGGCCUGAUGGAGGAAAUGAUUCGCUGGGAGGACUUAGGCGACAAGUCUGCUGGGGGCGCCAUCAUGGCCAAAUGCCUCAACGGCCAAAGCCACAGUAUGUGGGAUUCCAUCACUGCAGACGUAGACGUGCCGACUUUCAGCGAGUUGCUCACCUCGUUUGGUACACUCGUUGCCAAAAACCCAGGACUGGUGAACAGUACAGUCCUGUUGGAAAUUUUCGGGCAGCAGGGGAUUGACGCACAUCCGGCUAAUUUCUCUGCAUUCCCACACCGUGGCGAGCUGAACAACAUGGUCGCCAUCGAGAUGGCAUAUACGGACGACUCGCUAAAGGCGCUGUCAGACGACUGGGCGCGCUCCUGGCGUGACAGGAUUUCGUUCCCCGCUGUGGGAGGCUAUUCCCCGGCAAUCCAGUACCAGAACUAUGCUCACGGAGAUGAACCGCUGUCGAAUCUGUAUGGAACCCAGAAAUGGCGGCAGCGGCGACUGACUGAUUUGAAGAGACGGUAUGAUCCGCAUGGAUUCUUCAAUGGGUAUCAUGCUGUUCCCCGCGACGUGGCAGACUGGAACUAG